AUGGACGAAGUAAAAUCCGCUCAAGAUUCUGUUAAUUUCUCCUGGCUCAUUGGAGAAGUAAACCUGACACAAAAUACAGAUCAACCUGUUUUUGGACCUCAAGGAGAAAUGCACUGCAAGUCAGGAUGCCGCCUUUGCACGAUAACAGACCUAUACCACUAUGGUCUUCGCCACUGUGACUAUUGUAUUCCAAAGUCUGAUAAUGAUUGUCAGAUUCCACUUACCUUUCUAUCUUUCAUUUCUGCGCUCGAUAUCGCCCAGUUUCCUCACGGGCCUUCUGGCCGUCCGCAGUUUCAAAGCUGGUGGAUAUUUCCCGAUCUUUUGGAUUUGUUCUCAGUGGAUGCAGUUGGACAAUCCCCAGCCGUUGUCAUCCCAUUGAUCAUUGUCGCUUUCAAUGUGAAUGACCUCAUUGUUACACCCUACUACAAAUGGAAAGUUGGGAUGACCUCUUCCCACGCCGCUUCUGAUCCCGGACGCCAACUAUCCAGAGGGUCAGAUGAUGCUAGUAAAGACGCGCAUGGACGGUCCCGCUCUAUGUUUCCUAUGAGAAGACCGAACAAGCCUGAAGAUGAUAAAGUUUCACUGGCACUGUACAAGCGACUAGAGCUGCUGGCCAGAGUCAAUUUAUCGUUCAUCCUCAAUGGAUGUAAUGCAUCAUGUGAUAGCGUGAGAGAAGUAUGGUGCACACCACGGAACCCUAUCUGCCAUACAUAG